CUUCCGCUCAGCUUGAUUGCCCAAAUAGUAUCUUUUGUUGAGGAUGUCGGCGACAUAGCGCGCAUGACGCGAACCUGUCGAUUAUUGUAUUACAUGACGCUCCCUGUCCUUUACGAACGAGUCACCCUGCGCUCCUACCCCGAAACCCGCUACGUAGACGGAAGACCAGAAGGAUAUGGAAGUGGCAGUCCAUUCGUCAUGGGCCUCAGUGGUCUUGCCUCUGGCAAUUCGGCGCCACUGGUGAAAGAGUUCAAGGUGACAGGAGCUUGGACAGAAUCUGGGAUUGAUGAAUACAGCAAAGGCAAAAUACCGGACAGCACAAUCCUCCUCGGCAUUGCUUUGCGCGCUGCAAUGGACAAAAUGAUUCACCUGAGAUCUCUCGUCUGGGACCUCGACUCCAAGCCAACCAAGUCAAUCUACCAAGGACUAGCUGCUCGACCGACACUCACCUCGCUCACCCUACGCUUUCCCCAAGUCCGUUCGCCUCGUCCCAUAGUCGUUAUACCACCGAUGCCAAACCUUCGUCGCUUACGUGUGAGCGAUAUCGACCCUCUCUGCUAUCCAGACGACAUCUCUGGUCUGAUCUUCCAUGCUAAGCAGCUAGAAGAUCUUCGCAUCCACUGGAGUCCUCGUAUGCGGAAAGAGGCUGAACCCAGUGUUAACCUAAGAAUGGUCUUUGGUCCAUGCUUGGAAGCAAAAUAUAAGCUGAAGUUAAAACACAUUGGUAUUCAGAACUUCUAUGGACCCAAUACCGGCGAUCUGGCAGAGAUCUUCGAACCUGGCUGUAUUGAGGGUGCAGACUUCCUCGACGUCUUUGGAGGCAUCUAUGGUCGUCCCACUACCAUCUGGGUAGAUGAAACAUGGAAAAACAUUCCAGAUGCUACACACUUCGAAAGUUACAAAAGGCAUCGAAUCAGCGAACCAGCCAUGGAACAUGCCAAAAUCCUCUCUCAAUUCACUGGAUUGGAAGAGUUGUAUGUGGUUGGGAACAGGUUAUGUGACCGCGACAACACAAAGUCGGAGUAUCAAUCGCCCGAGACUGCAGCCGCCACGCCAGCGACAUCUGUCACAGGAUCCACCCCAACAGCUUUUGAGGAAAAGCAGGCCUCUUUAACUUGUAAAGCAUAUCUACGUGCCUUGACCGCAAACCAUGGUCAAAGUCUGACAAAACUGCUAUUGCCUGAUCAAUUCCCACUUUCAGGACAACAAAUCGGUGAACUCGUCAGCAAAUGUCCAAAUCUGGAGCAAAUCGGCUUUGCGCUGGACAAAGAUGCCGGCGAAGUUAUGAGUCUGCUCGCACCUUUCAUCCUCAAACUACGCGCUGUCAGAGUCUUGGCGAAU